AUGGGGCUUCGCACAAGCUGCGAGCGGAGCUUGGGCAAAGAGGAGAUUCACGCAGCUAACAUGCUGACUGGUAUAACGCUGAAAGAGAAGUUAUCUGCCACUUCUGUAGUUGGUUUCAACUCCCUCUUAAUAGCUAACGCCGCAAGCAAUGCUAGCCAAACUGGGCAUCAUACUAUUCCUGCUUUUUCCAUAUCUGGCGGCGCAGGAACUACAUCUCCUGGAUCCACCAUAUUUGAGAGGAAACUCAGCCCAAAAAGCCUUAGCCCGCCGCUGCCGUUGCAGGCCACUUUUGUUUCUGGGGCCCUUUCACAACCAGGUAAUUCCAUCAAAAAAAUCACAUUAAAAUUAUUUAGAUAUAUUCCCUAG